ACACAUCUCUUUUGUUCAUGGCUUUAAUUCUCCCACAUUUGGGUGUAAAUCAAUCUUCGCAGGACAGGAGGAAGGGGCCAGAAGACCAUGGAGAAGACUCAAGGAGGGAUGUAAAUGGUGAUGUGACGAGGGGAGGCUCGAAUAAUUUUAUUCUCAGCGCCGCGGAAAGGGCCUCAAGUAGAGCUUUCCGGAGAGAAGAACAGCAGAGAUAGGCACAAGCAGGACUGCUGUGUGCAUACUGGUACUGUACAAUGCUCUGUCGGGUCGUGGUCAAGGAAGAAAUCUGGGAGGACCUCAUACCGCUUGUAAGCUCACUCUAUAAUCUAGUCGGGAAGAGCAGUAGUUGGCGGGUGUGUCGCUCCCGCUCGCGUGGCCUAAGGACGAGCCUAAAUUUCGCGCGAAGGUGGGAAGAACUCGUCUUCUCAAGUGAUCUCGCGAACACCGACACACCGAUCAUGGCAGACCCAAAGACCUAUACGGCAACGUGCUCCGCGCCGGUCAACAUUGCAGUCAUCAAGUACUGGGGCAAGCGUGAUACUUCGCUCAUCCUGCCCACCAAUGACUCGCUCUCGGUCACGCUGGAUCAGGACCAUCUGCGGAGCGUGACAACGGCCAGUGCCUCUGCUGCGUUCGAGGCAGGUGACCGGCUCUGGCUCAACGGCAUUGAGGAGCAGAUCAAAGACAGCAAGCGGCUCUUGGCGUGUAUUCAAGAGUGCAGGAAGGUCCGCAAGAGCAGAGAGGAGGCCGAUGCUUCGCUGGCCAAGAUGUCCGACCUACCCCUCCAUAUCUGCUCUGAGAACAACUUCCCGACGGCAGCAGGUCUUGCCUCUUCGGCAUCGGGCUUCGCUGCCCUCGUCGCAACGCUCGCCUCGCUCUACUCUCUCCAACCAACUCUCUCGACGUCGGACCUCUCUCGUAUCGCCCGCCAAGGUUCUGGCUCGGCCUGCCGAUCGCUCUUUGGUGGCUUUGUUGCAUGGCAGUCAGGCACAAGCCCAGAUGGAUCUGACAGCCUCGCCGUAGAGGUUGCACCCAAGUCUCACUGGCCCAGCCUGCAGGCGCUCAUUUGCGUCGUGAGCGAUGCCAAAAAGGGAACGCCGUCCACUGCGGGCAUGCAGCAGUCCGUGGCAACAUCGCCCCUGCUCCAGCACCGGAUCAAGAACGUCGUUCCUGGGCGCAUGGUCGAGAUGGGGAAGGCUGUCCAGGCAAAGGACUUUGACUUGUUCGCGGAAGUGACGAUGAACGACUCCAACAACUUCCAUGCCUGUGCUCUCGACACGAGUCCCCCGAUCUUUUACAUGAACGACACGUCGCGCGCCAUCGUGCAGCUCAUUGAAGAGUACAAUCGGUCCAGCAUCGAAGAGACGGGCAAGAGGCGCGUCGCAUACACCUACGAUGCCGGUCCCAAUGCCGUCCUGUACGCCGAGGAGAAGGAAGUGCCGACAGUCCUGGCUCUGGUCCGUCACUACUUCCCCAACGCUGACUUUGACGAUACCUUCAACCUGCUUGGCGCUGGCGCCAAUGCCUCCCACCGAGGCGCGCAAGCCCCUGCCGAGCUUCCCUCGGGUCUCCCCAAGACGUUCAACAAGGACAUCAUCCAGGUCCACCAACCUGGCUCUGUCCGUCGCUUGAUCCAUACACGCGUGGGAGACGGCCCGAGGACGCUCCACAAAGCCGCUGACGCGGACAACGUCGGUGACGAAAAGGAGAGCCUCGUAGGCCCCGAUGGCCUGCCAUUGAGGCUUCAGAGGGCCAAACGUGUCUAGAUGAGAUCUUGUACUGGACAAUUGUCCAUGAGGCAAGAGGGCGAAAGGGAAGAAAAGACAAUUUGCAAAAUGUUAUGGAUUAAUUUACUAUUUGUUGACAGAGGAAAUAAUGGCUCUUCUUCAGCCCUUUGGCUUUCCAAAGAAUGACGAAAGCUUGCUUUGCCCUCCAGCCUUCUUGCUUGCCGUCCCCGAUUUUGUCGGCGCCGAAGGAGCAGGCGAAGGUGCUGCUGAUGAGGUAGCUGACUUGGCCUCACUUGCUGGUGCCGCUGCCGCUGCCGGCGAUUCCUUGUCAUUGCUUGAUGACUUUGCGGAAACCU